AUGGAACUUAAAAAUCCCCAUCUAAGAAGUCUAGUGCAAAGCUUAAGUAGCUUGAAAAGCCUUAAUCUUCGUUUUGUUAGCAUUUCAUCUACUCUACCUGGUUUCUUUAGAAACUUAUCUUCUCUGUCCUGGCUUGCUCUAAGCUAUUGUGGACUGGGUGGAUCUUUUCCCUCUUCACUUACUAGACUAGCCAAACUUACUUAUCUAGACCUUGGCGAAAACAACUUUAGUGGUCACGCCCCAUCUUCACUUCAAAAUCUCACACACCUCACGGAGCUUCUUCUUUAUGGCAAUCAAUUCUCUGGUCCGGUCCCCUCUUGGCUGGGUAACCUUACCCAGCUAACUGUUAUUGAUUUUAUGGAAAACAAAUUGCAAGGUUCAAUUCCACAAUCAAUUCAGAAACUGUCAAAUCUUCGAGCUUUCUCUGUUUAUAAUUCUAAUUUGGUUGGUACAGUAGAUUUUGACAUUUUCUUAAAAAUGAAAGAUCUUACAUAUCUCAAUCUUAGUGGAGAAAUUUCAGCAUUGGUUUGCAAUUUGGGUUCUCUCUCGUUCCUUGAUAUUUCUUAUAACAACUUUGUUGGAAUGAUUCCUCAACUUUGCAUACAUGCAAACAAAUGGAUGAUGAUUGAUGUCAGUGAGAAUCAGUUACAAGGAAUUUUGCCACGUUCAUUGGCGAACUGUAAGACACUCGAGUUUCUUGAUGUUUCAAACAUCAACUGGAAGCCUGCAGCUAAUGGUAGUUUUGACUUUUCUAAGCUACAAAUGUUACAUCUCUCUUACAAUAGUUUCACAGGAGAGUUGCCCUCUGAUUACAUUGCCAACUUGAAUGCCAUGAAAGCUUUCGAGACAAAAGAUUUGACGUAUAUGAAGGCCAAUGGAAUAUUUGAUGUAGUUGAUUACAAAGGGAAUCGUCUAAAUGGGCAGAUUCCUAAGUUAGUUGGGGCUCUGAAAGCUCUUACUUCACUCAACCUUUCCAACAACAUGCUCACUGGAAAUAUCCCAUCUUCCUUGGGAAACUUACAGUGGCUUGAGUCGUUGGACCUCUCUCAUAACAAGCUUUCUAGAGAAAUACCACUGGAGCUAACACAGAUUGGGUUCCUUCAAAACUUUAGUGUCUUUUACAAUAAUCUCACAGGACGCAUACCAGAUGGAAAUCAGCUACGUACAUUUGUCAAUGGUUCAUUUGAGGGAAACUAUGGAUUAUGUGGCUAUCCAUUGUUGGAAGAUAUUACUCCUUGA